AUGUGCAUUGCCAAUGCAGUCUACAAGCUGCGUUUCCAUAGCCAUUCGAUGUCACAAGUUGAUGAUGAUAUGCUCUCUGUUUUGCCUUGUUCAACUAUCUGUAUCUGUCUUGAUCUUUACAUGGAUCUGUUCUUUGCUGCGACAAACACAUCGUCAUCCACAAUGCAAUGGGCCUUGGGAGAGCUCAUCAACAACCCAGAAGUGUUCAAGAAGCUUAGAGAUGAGAUCAACGCGGUCGUAGGAUCAAACAGGCUAGAUUCAAAGGUACAUAUGAGCCUUCUGAAGAUAAAAGUUGAAUAUUCAACUAUUUUAGAAAAUUGCUCCUACACUUACCUCCAAGCAGUCAUAAGAGAAACUUUAAGACUCCAUACAUCAGCACCGUUGAUCCUAAGAGAGUGCACUGAAGAUUGCAGAGUGAAUGGCUUCUUGGUCAAGGCUAAGACUCGGGUUUUGAUAAAUGUUUUUGCUUUAACGAGAGACCCGAAGUUUUAUACCAAUCCGGAUGAGUUCAUGCCAAAGCAAUUCUUGGAGAGCUCAGAUGAGAAAAUUGGAGACCAUCGGAUGGAAAUACAAGGGUCAGAAUUUUCGAUAUCUGGCGUUUGGGAGUGGACGAAGAGGAUAUCCCGGUGCAUCACUAGCGAUGCUAGUCAUGCAUGCUGCGUUUGGAUCCUUGGUUGA